AUGAGUUCUGCCUCCAGCGAGCCAGGCAGCGGGGAUGCAGCCGAGCGGUCCCAGCUGGGGCUGGACACCGUGAUCCAGAGGCUGGAGGACACUGUCCUGAGCCCCACAGCCAGCAAAGAAGACCGGGCGCUGACCGUGCGUGGGGAAGGCUGGCAGGCCUCGCCCACCCCCCUGCCUGCCCGAAUCCGUGAGAUCGUGGCCAGCAGCCUGGGCGAGGAGCCACCCCAAGGGGUGCGGGAGCCACCAGGAGCCUCAGCCCAGGUGCAGGAGGAGAGUGAGCUCCUGCAGGGGGAGCUGUCCCGGCUGGAGGACCUGCUGGCACAGGUGGGCGCAGAGCGGGACGAGCUGGCCAGCAGGUACCACAUGGUCAGCGAGCGGCUGCAGGCCCAGCUGCAGACCACCGAGGCCCGGCUGCGGAGGUCAGAGCUGGAGCACAGCGUGGACCUGGAAGAGGCACUGGGCCGACUGGAGGCUGCAGAGCAGAGGAGCACCGGCCUCUCCCAGGUGAACACGCUUCUGAGGGAACAGCUGGAGCACAUGAAGAAGGCCAACGACGCGCUGGCUGAGGAGCUGGCCCGGACGACGGGCAGCGUGCUCCACCUGAGGGGCGAGCUGGAGCUGAGGGAGGCUCAGCGCUGGACCGAGAGACAGACCCGGCGUUCACACCUUGGGGUGCAGCCCCAGGACUUCCUCCUCCUGUGGAGACAGGUGACAGCGCUCCGAACACACGUGGCUGAGCUUCGAUCUGCCUCUGAGAGGAGUCUCACUGACAUGCAAGCAGAGGCAGCCAGGACAGCCCGGCGCCUGCACACGGCCUGCCUGAACCUCAACUCCAACCUGCAGCUGUCGGCCAGCAGCUCGGCAGGUGCCCUGGAGCGGCAGGCCUUGCAGGGUGCUUGGCUGGAGCAGCAGCUGCGGGACAAGGUGCGGGAGAUGCUGCAGCUGCAGGGCCGCUGGGACACGGAGAAGGUGGCACUGCAGGCCAGACUCUCCGAGCAGAAAUUGCUGGUGGAGAAGCUCACAGAGCAAAACUCGGAGAAGGAAAGAACCAUUUCUUCCCUCAGAAUGGAUGUUCAGAGACUAGUGGCCCAGGCAGACUCGAGGUGCCCAGAGCUGGCACAGAGCAGCAGCACUGACAGGGAGAAGGCACAGAGACCACUGAGGAGCCCUCCACGCACCUCGUCCCUUCACUGGGGUGCAUCUCCACCACGGGCCCACUCCCGGGCCAGCCCAGACCCUGCGCUGCGGGCUGUGCAGGCAGCUAUUGAGAGGAGGCGGCAGCAGGAACAGGAGCUGCGUCUACAGCUGAAGUCCUCCCAGGCGGUGACGGCCAGGCUCCGGGAGCAGCUGUCAGAGAGGCAGCGGGAGCUGCGAGCCUCCCGGAGGCUCCUGCAGGAGCGAGAGCAGGAGCGGGGGGACCUCCUGGACAGGCUGGAGGCACAGAGCCAGAAGGCACAGCACUUCAGGGCGGCCAGCGAGCUCCUGGGAAGAGAGAAGAAGGCUCUGGAGUUGGAGAUGGAGGAGCUAAGGGGCAAGAUGGAUGUUUGGGACAUGGACAAGCAGAAGCGGGAGGCCGAGAUCGCUGAGCUGCAGAGAAGCCUCCUGCUCUGGACACAGCAGAAGGAGGAGCUGGAGCAGCAGGGCGAGCGGGGCCGCAGGGAGCUGCAGACCAGUCAAGGGCGCCUGGAGCAGCUGGAGGAGAAGGUCUCAGGGCUCAAGAAGGAGCUGGUGUCGGCCCGGGAGGCACUGAAUGCAGCCCGGCUACAGAGGGACGUUCUGGAGAGUGAGAGGGAGGCCCUGCAUGGCACGCUGGCUCGGGCUGAGUCCAGCAAUGCUGACCUGGAAUUGCUUGUGACCCGGCUGAAGUCAGAGGGGGUGCAGCAAAGGGACUCCCUGGCCAAGAUGGCCACCCUGAUGGAGGGCCUGGCGAAGGACAAAGGCAGCCUGACCCACCAGGUCCUGCAGCUGCAACAGGAGGGGGACCAGCUGCGGGAGCAGGAGCAAGUGCUGAGGCAGGAGCGGGCAGACGCCAGGGAGCGGUUGGCAUUGGCAGAGCAGCAGCUGGAGCAGCUGGAGGGGCAGGCAGACCGGCUCCAGCGUGAGAGAGCCCAAUUGCAGGAGCAGGUGGGCCAGGUCACAUGCAAGAAACAGGCCCUGGAGGAGCAGCUGGCCCAGAGCCUGAGGGACCAGGAGGCCCAGAUGGACACUCUCCGGACGGCCCUUCAGGAGAAGGAGGCUUUGUUGGAGGAGCGAGUUCAGCUGCUGGCCAAGCAGGAGGCCCUGGAGAGGCAGGGCCGGCUCACGGCUGAGGAGGCAGCUGAUCUCAGGUGGCUGCACUGGCCAGGUGGCAAGUUGCAGAAUGACAACAUGGAAUGUCUUACUCGUGGAUCUGAGAAGUUUAAGGUAUACGUGGCUUCAGGCGAGGCUGGAUCCAGGUACUCCCACAGUGCCCGCAGGACCCUGCCUCUCCCCCCUCAGUGCUGCUCCAUCCUGAGGAGGUCUGGUCCAGGGGCUCAGGUGGAAUUGGAGCAACUGAAAGGCGCCUGGGAGGUCCAGGAGACGAAGCUGGAGUGGGACAUUGGGCAGCUACGGCGGCAGAUGGCGCAGCAGGAGCGGGAAGCACAGCUGGCCCUGGAGAGCCAGGCACUGGCCCACUGUGAGGACCUCGCACGGCUCCAGAGGGAGAAGGAGACCCUCAGUCUGUCUCUGACGGAGGAGAAGAAGGUGGCAGCAUGCAGGUUGGAACAGGAGAAGGAGCUGGUGGCAAAAAGUGCAGCCAAGAGGGAGGCUCUGAAGGAGGAAAUUCAGAGCCUGAAGCAUGAGCGGGAUGAGAGCCUCCUCCAACUAGAACAUGAGAUGCAACAGGCCACAGUCAGAGCCACGGCAGCGGAGCUGAAGGCCCUGCAGGCCCAGUUUGAGGAGGCCAUCUCGGCCCAUGAGAGAGAGACCUCGGCUUUGAACCACAGUCUCCGGAAGAUGGCGGCAGAGCGGAGCAAUGCGGGCAGAGAGGCCGAGCAGCUGUGGGCACAGCUGGGGGAGGCCCAGGAGGGGCUGGCUGUGCUUCGCAGGGAGCUGCAGGGCAGUGAGGACAGUCUCGAGGGGCUGCGCAGGGAGGUCGUGGAUGCCCACCGUGCACUGGGGGACGAGGCCCUCGAGAAGGACAUGCUGCAGCGUUCCAACGCCGAGCUGCAGGCCGCAGUGUGCAAGGCUGAGCAGGAGAAGGCCAGUUUUCAGCGGGCCAAGGAAGAAAAGGAGCAAAAGGUGCUGGUCCUGGAGGAGGCCCGAGCCGCAGCCCAGAAGGAGGCUGGCAAGCUGAGGGCCAGCCUGCAGGAGGCAGAGCGGGCCCAGUUAGACACCUGCCGGGAGCUCCGGGAGCUCCGCAGUCAGGUGAAGAUGCUGGAGACCGAGAACCAGAGGAAAAGCCAAGAGGUGUGCCAGCUGCAGGCCCAGUGUGCACAGGACUCGCAGCGGCAGCAGCAGAGCUGGCGAGAGGCCCUGGAGCUGCAGAGGCAGGCGGCUGAGGUGGACGCUGCCCGGGAAGACGCCCAGAAGGAGGUCCUGAGGCUGCAGCAGAAGCUGGCGGAAGUGAAGGAGCGCCUCUGUGAGAGCCACAGGGCUGAACAGAGCCUCCGGGCUGAGCUGCACGGGGCCACCAUGAAGCUGCAGCAGGCCAGCAGUGUGACUGACAGCCUCCAGGCGCGCCUGGACAGGGCCUGCCACCGCGUCCAUAGCCUGGAGCAGGAGCUGGCCCGGGCAGAGGGUGCCAGGCGGGAUGCACAGGGCCAGCUGAGCCGGCUCUGGUCCACACUCUGCUGCGAGCUGGGGCUCCGAGCACAGGGCCCCUCUGCCUCCCCUAAACGGCCCGGCUCCCCCACCAAAGGUUUGGACGGUUCUCAGGGUCACUCUGGGAGGCACAGUGCCAGCCCCCCUGCCAGGUCCCGCUCACCACUUCGAUGGCCUUCACCCGCACCAGGACAGCAGGGCCCAGACAUGGACGUGGCCUCUGUGCAGGACGCCCUGAGGGACUUCAUGCAGAAGCUGCGGGAUGCCCAGCAGGAGCGGGACAACUGGCGAGCCCAGGUUCGCCACCUGAGCAGCUGGCUGAGAGAGGUGGAGAGGGAGCGUGCCCGAGCCCAAAGCCACGUGGGGCAGCUGAAGACAGCACUGGCCCAGGCGGAGGAAGGCUGGCGCCAGGCAGAGAGGGAGGCAGGCAGUGCCCAGGCCACCAGGGCCCUGCAGAAGGAGGUGCUUCAGAGGCUGGAGAGGGAGCACCUGGCGAGUGUGCGGACAGCAGGCCAGGAGAAGAGGCGGCUCCAGGAGCAACUGGACGCACUGCACCGGGCCCUGCAUGAGAGCAGGAGGCACAGCCAGGGCCUGGCCCAGAGGAGUCGGCGGCUGGAGCAGGUCGCCAGCCUGGAGCACAGGUGCCAGGAGGCCGAGAGUGCACGGGGGCCCCUGCGGCAGAGAGAGAGGGACCCGCUGAGCAGGGAAGGGGACACGGCGGGGGCCAAGGAGCCACUGGACCAGCCCCUGAGCAGCCUGCACCUCCAAGUGGACAGGGCCCUGAGGCAGGAUCAGCACCUACAGGUCCAGAGAGCGGAGCUGGAGCAGGCCCAAGCCCAGCAGCCCCAGGAGCUGGCUGCCCAGCACCAGCAAGACCUGGCUGUGGAGGCCAAGCAGGCCCUGGAGUCCCAAGUGCUGGAGGAGCAGGUGGCCAGGAAGGAGCAGCUGGACUAGGAAGUACAACGGCAGCAACAUGCCCACCUCAGCCAGGCCUUCCCUGCCAAGAAGUGA